AUGGCAGGCACGUCCGGGCAACAUGCCUGGACCGAGUUGAUGGACCUGGUGGAGCGGAGAUGGGGUGGACCUCAGGCCUUCUUGGCGAACAAUGCUGAGCUCUUUAGGAGUCCCAAGGCCGGUGAGAGAAGGCAAGACGCAGCCUUCGACAACCUGGUGGAGCAAACAGGCGGCAGGUUCCUUGUUUCCCAGCUAUUGAACGUCGUCGCCGAUGCCGGCGGUGUGCAUUAUGUGUUGAAGGCUCUGGCAUCUGUACAGCUGUCCCAGGUCUGCGAUUUUCUGGAGGGUCUGCGAAGCGGGGGUGGACAAUUCCAGGAUUUGACGAAAUUGACGGCCAUAGUGGGACAGGUUGGAGGAUUGACCAGGCUCAUCCGAACGCUCGAUAAGCUGCAGGAUCCCAGCAGGCUCACCGACAUUGUUCGCUAUGGCGAUGCUUUCGCAAGGCAGGGAUUGCUGGACUCUGCCGAAGAUACGGCCAGUCAUCCUGCAGUACUUGCCAAGGUUCUGGGUGACAUGGAUGCGGAAUCCUUCUUGCAGGCAUUUGACAACGUCAAACUGUCCUCUAUGGCGGAGCUGGUGCCGUUGCUGAUUUCCGCUGGAGUUCUUCGCGGCAGGGGCCAGCACCAGACGGAGGAAGAGGUCGCUGCUGCUGGAGAGUCAGCACUGAGAUGGUUGGCACGAGCUGGUGGUGCCUUUCUUGUCAGCACUGCUGUGUAUCCAAUUCCAGCCAGGUCCUUCCUCAAAGUGAUGGAGCAGGUGAACAGUUGUGGUCUGGGCCGGCUGCGUCAGCCAAGCCUGACCAAGGUCGGCAACUGGCUGACUCACUUGACACGACGCCUGGGUUCCUUGGAGGACUUUGUGGACAUGGUCGGGAAGACUGACAUAAUAAGUGUCGUCUCCUGCUUGAACUUGACACGCUCGGCAGUUCCUUCAGAGCAUGGCGAGGACUUCGAGGACACGAUCACUCCUAUCGUUUCAUCAGCUGCUCAAGCCUUCAAAACAGGAUCGAGUAUUGGUGGAUCUGAAGAACCACUCGUGCGCGUUUUCCCGGGGCCAACCACGUCGGAACAGGCAGCCCCUGUUCACAACAUGCUUCAGGACAUCCUCCAAAUUGCCAGAGCCACGGGGAUGGAAGGCAUCUUUCGAUUGUUGAGUCUCUUCCACAAGGCGGAGAGCCUGGAGCGUUUGGAGCGCGGCGUGGACUUGCUGGGCGCCGCCAGGCUUCUCAAGACUGCUCCGGAGGCGCCGCCUUCACAGGGUCAAGGCUCAGACAUUCCUGGUGAAGACUUUGAGAAGGGAGACCGACCAGAAGGCGGCACCACCUUGGCAAGCAGGGCAGGCCCAGACCUGGCGGUCCUGGACAAGGUUGAUUAUGCUGGCCUAGCACCCAGCCUUUAUGCGUAUUGGUCAACAGCUUUGGCGGUCCAGACAAUGUUUGUCAACGUGUGGAGGCUCGUCGCGCCUGGUCGGGCCACUAACAUCAAGCUCUUCGAGGAGUGUCUUGAUGUUCUUCAUGAAGCAGGGCUCACGCAAAAGUCCUUCAAGCUGGAUGAUCGUGGGCCAUCUGCAGCUCAGAUUGAAUCUUGGAGGAAGGUUGUCGCUAUGCUAGCCGCAAACGGAGGCCCUGACUUGUUUCUGGACAGCCUUCAAGGAGUUGCGGUGGAGGAUUUUCUUCACAUGAUUGGCUUAUUGCGCAGGGCUGGGCUUGCUCGCUCUGUAGACGACACUGACCAAGACAUGCCCAGUUUUUGUUUUGGUCAUGACGAAGAUGCAGGCCGCAUUCGAAAUGCCAUGCUCCACGAGUUCGUAGAGCGGGUUGUGCAGGCAGGCGGGUUCCAUGCCUUCUGGCAUGCGCUGAAAGGGGUGGAUCUUGCAAAGUUGAAAGGCGACUUGCACUGCCUUGCCGUAAUUCGGCGGAAGCUCAGCGAGCUCACAAACAAGGACUGGUGGCUUGCAGUGCAUGAUGCGGAGGGCCUGGAGGACUUGUUGCAUUCUCAUCUGGAAGAAAGGAAGCGCAGAGGUGAUGAUCUUACGCUAAGGCAACGCCAGCGGCUGGUCAAACGGUUCAAGGAGGUCGGAGGUGUCGAAAGCUUCCUGGAAAAGUUUGACAAGGUGAACCUUGCGCAACUCCUUCGGCAACAUGAGGCACUAGACAAGGCAAGGAUCAAGCGCGUCUCAGUCAUCGAGGCCCUGGCAGAGAUUGGAUGGCUAGUGAAGCAUGAGGUGGAGCACCUAGAAGGUCUGUACACAGUUGCAGAAACUCUAGUGCGCUGGGGCGAUCGGCACUUCUGUGGUGCAGAGCCGUCUCGACUUUGGCGAGUGCUGGCAGAUCAAGUGGCUUGGCUGCUUUCGGCCAUUGAGGAGAACGGUACGUUGCUGAAGGCCACCAUCAAUCAUGGCAGCAAGAACCCAGCGAAAGAGCCUGAAUUGACACCAGCUCGUCUUGCGCAGUUUCUGCAAGCUUUGCGGCCGAUGGGCGGCGUCACCGGCUUUCUGACUGCUUUUCGGGGCUUGGACUUCGCCACAGCAGCAGUUCAGGCAAGAAUCUUGCAUGACUCCUGCGUGCGUAGUUCCGAAACCACGCGCCGUUUAUCUUGCAUCUACCGGUUGCUGCACUACAAUCCUGCUCAUCUUCGCGGCCUGGAGCACUUCCUGCGGAGGUUUGCAGGGCCAGUCUUCGCCGAGGCGCAAGCUCAGGGCUGCACUUCGCAGGAUCGCCUGCGUGCUGCUGAGCGUUGGCAGCGCCUCACAUCCUUUCUGGCCAUGGCUGCAGGACGCACAAGUGGAGGGGCCGAUCCGGAGCCCGGCUCAGGGCCAGAGCGGGCACUGGAGGUGUUGCAGCUAGGGCUGCGGCUGAGUCAAGCUGCAGGGCUCAAAGUGAGCGCUCAGGAGGGGAAGGAACCCUUCUACAUGCGCGCUUCCAUCUACGAUUCUUCGGGUGUGGUUGCAGAAGUUGACAAGGCAAUUGUGGUGUGUGUGUACCCUUUGCACCCAGCGAUCGCGGACCAUGCCUGCACUGACAACAAAAAGGCGAAGGCUGUGAAGGGCUCUCCACGCGAUCGGAGAUCUCUUGCCAUGGCAGGCAAUGGCCAUGAGAACAGUGCAGCUGACUUCGUUGGGGAGCGACUUCCCGGAACGGUCUUCGUUGCAGCCAAGCUGCAAGAGAUCUUGAGCACAACAGGGGUCUGGUACGGUUUCAAUGUUUCGGUACAACAGAUUCUGACAAUGGGCGCUGGCAGUUUCAUUGCAGCCCUGACCAUGGUGUUCUCUACCUUGGCGGUUGGAGUGGCGGCAGGUGAAGUGCUGCGAGUUGAUAGAUCGGUUUCGUUGCUUGUUGCUACCGGUGCAUCCAUCUGUGGCGUUUCGGCCGUGAUGGCUGCGGCGCCGGUGGUCGAAGAAGAUGGCGCGUCUGCUUCGAAGGUGUCCGUUGCCUUAGCAACUGUUAUGGUGUUCGGGAUUGCCUCCAUGUUCUUGUAUCCCAUCAUGUGGCAAAGACUGCCUGGACCAGUAUCCGCAAGAGCCAUGGGGAUCUACACAGGUGCUACUGUCUAUGAGGUUGCCGGUGUCGUGGCGGCCGGCCAUGCAAUGUCACCAACGGUUGCCUCUGCGGCCUUGCUGACCAAAUUGGUCAGAGUCCUGAUGCUAGCUCCAUACCUCUUCAUUGUCAGCAGGCUGCGGUCAGGGCACAGCGGUUCCACGGGAAUUCAGACGCCAUGGUUUGCCUUUGCUUUCUUUGGCGUUUGCGUUUUUUCUUCCUAUUUGCCCCUUCCUGAUGGACUUGCAGCUUGCGCAAUCAAGAUCGGCUCCUGGUGCACCGCGCUUGCAAUGGUUGGACUUGGCUUGGAGAGUGAUGCGGCCGCCAUCAAAAGAAUGGGAUGGCGCCCCAUGUUGCUGGCAAGUGCUUUGUUUGCAUACUUGGCUCCCAGGCUGCAAACAGAUCAAUCGGGGAGCUAG